AUGCUGAGGAACUAUCUGGCGAGAAAUGCCGACUUCUGCGAAGAACACAUCCAAUGCGAUGAACAGGCACAGGAGACAUGGCUCCUCCACCGCGACAUCUUGCACGCGCUCAUCAUGCCCGUCGUGACGCUGUUCGAACGAGCCUCGGCCCUCGCCGAAGCAGCGCUGUGCACCCGCAAAACCGAGGACCUCGAGUUGGCUUUUGCCGGGAAGAACAAUGGUGCAAAGGCUCCGGAUGUCCAGGUACGCCAUUGUCCCCACGCGAAAGCAUCGAAGCCACAACUAACCCCCCCACCAGCAUGCGUAGUCAACGCCGCCCUCUCCACCGAAUCCCACAUCCGCCUCACAAUCGCCGCCUCCCUCCUCUCCACCGCCGCCAUCGCAUCCCCCACCAGCCCUGCUGCAGUCGACGAUGAAUCAAACAAAUCCCUCCCCCCACUCCCCCACAUCCUCCCCGCCCUUCGCUCCGCCCUCGCUUCCGACCCCUUCUGGAACAACGACGGCGACAUGUGGCCGUACCUGCUCUCGCGCGCCACGCAGCUGUCAGCAGGCAUCCAGGCCCUCAUCACCGAAUGCGUCAAUCUCGAAAGCCUCGUCUCGUCGCCUACAUCCGCGCGCCCCGGUGCAGCGCCGCGUGCUGACCUACCCGCACAUGCCCUUCUCCGGCGCCACACACGUCGAGGGCAAAGGCGUCAAGCUGCGCAAGAGUAA